UGGACGUGCAGUGCGUGGGAGCGUGCAGCCUUGUUGGGGGCGUGGCCUGUCCAUCUGCUGCAGGAGGAGGAGGCGGGGCUCAGUUAUGCAUUUGGCCGCUUCCUUCCUAUUUUAUUAGUGAUUCCUAUUAUUUAUCAGCAUUUGUUUACGUCUUCCAGUAGCCGGCCAUACCUGUGCCUUCCCAGCCUCUCAGACACAACACGUGUAUCGACUGAGCUCACCAAUACAGGCCAACCCCCCCAUUGGCAAUCAUUUUAAUUUUAUAUCUGGGACAUAUAUACAUUUUUUUUUUUUUUUUUUUUAAAACACCUGGAUAGGAAACAGUUAUUAUGUAAAGCGUUUCAUACUUUAAAAAAAGUAAUAAUAAUAAUAAUUUUCCAUUGCCGAUAUUAUCUCCUGGUCCUCUACCUAAUUUUGAGCAUCAUGAGGCUGUGCAGGUAUCUUCUUAACAACACCAUCCCCAAUCAGAUCGAAUAUUACUCCAAGUUCUCUCCAUCACCCCUCUCCAUCAAGCAAUUCCUGGAUUUCGGACGCAACAAUGCUUGUGAGAAGACAUCGUAUCUCUUCCUACGCAAAGAAUUGCCAGUACGGCUUGCAAAUACCCUCAAAGAAGUUCACCUUUUGCCUGAAAAUCUACUUCAAAGGCCCUCUGUGAAGCUUGUACAGUCCUGGUACAUGCAGAGCUUUAUUGAGCUUAUGGACUAUGAGGAUAAAAGUCCUGAUGAUACCGGUGUACUGUAUGACUUUUUAAAUGUUCUUAUUCAAGUGAGAAAUAGACACAAUGACGUUGUACCCACAAUGGCUCAGGGGGUUAUUGAGUAUAAAGAGAAGUAUGGCUUCGAUCCGUAUGUCAGCAGCAAUGUCCAAUAUUUUUUGGACAGGUUCUACAUGAAUAGAAUUUCAUUCCGAAUGCUCAUCAAUCAGCACACUCUUCUUUUUGGAGGCGACAUAAAUCCUGCUCACCCCAAGCAUAUAGGUAGCAUUGAUCCUGCCUGUAAUGUGCCAGAAGUUGUAAAGGAUGCGUAUGAAACUGCAAAGAUGCUGUGUGAGCAGUACUAUCUUUCUGCACCUGAGUUGCAAAUUGAAGAAUUUAAUGCAAAAGCUCCAGGUCGACCCCUUCAGGUAGUUUAUGUGCCCUCUCACCUUUUCCACAUGCUAUUUGAGCUGUUUAAGAAUUCAAUGAGAGCAACCGUUGAACGGUAUGAACACCAAAUGGAUAGGCUGCCACCUAUUAAGACAUUGGUCACAAUGGGAAAAGAAGAUUUGUCUAUCAAGAUAAGUGAUCUGGGAGGUGGAGUACCACUGAGGAAGAUUGAGCGACUUUUUCACUACAUGUAUUCAACCGCACCAAGGCCCAGUUUGGAGCCAAGCAGCGCUGUCCCAUUGGCUGGAUUUGGUUAUGGCCUGCCUAUCUCCCGUUUAUAUGCCCGCUAUUUUCAAGGAGACCUUAACCUUUGUUCCAUGGAAGGGGUUGGAACUGAUGCUGUCAUCUGCCUUAAGGCCGUAUCUAGUGAAUCAUUUGAAAGACUCCCAGUAUUCAACAAGUCAGCAUGGAGACAUUACAAGAAUGCAGCUGAAGCUGAUGACUGGAGCAAUCCAAGCAGUGAACCACGGGAUGCCUCUAAAUACAAGGCUAAUUAGUGAUAGAACUGCCAUUAUAUUCUGAAAUGUGGUUUAGCUGUCAUUAUUCCGAAAUACCACUAAUACAUCUUGUUAGUAAAUAUUGUAUUAAAAUGAAUGGAUAUAGGAACAAGUAACUUGAGAAAAAAGGUUUGUUAGAACCUAAAGGCAAAAGUCAAGUCCAUUAACUUAAGUGAUGUGUUAGACUUGUGCGUGGCUGAUAAAUGUAGUAUGGCUGAAUCACUUCGUCUGGGGGGAAAAAGUAAAUAACUAUUUUGGAUAGUCCAAUAUAUGGUUCGGCUCAUCCAAAUAUUGUCAAAGGAAAAGAUUUGGACAAACCUGAAAAGGCACUAAAAUGGGGCAAUCUGUAUACUGUAAUAUAUAUAUAUAUUUUGCAUGACACUGAUAGACACAUUUUCACACCAUUUGGUUCAUAGAUUAAGUGAGAAAAAGUAACCAGUGGUGAUGAAAAAUGAAAUAUAUAAAUAUUUUUUACUGUGCCUCUUUUUUCCCCAAUAUUGGUCCCUUCUUACUUGAUCACUGAUUAAAAUUAACAAUUAGUGGCUGUCCUCUAACCUCAAUCAUCAUUUUCCCCAUCAAUCAUCUAUUUAUUUAUUUAUUUUUUGCGCGCCAUGGACGGAACUACAAAUCCCGAAUCAAGUGCACAUGCUCCUCCUUUUGUGCAAAAGGUUUGUUUGA